GUGCCACCGAAAAAGUAGUACACAGAAAGGAGUUUGGACUUUAUAUUCUACGGACACACAUUGAAUGUUAUCAUUACCAGUAGCAUCUUCAGUGAAAGUCGCAUCCUGGUUUUAUUUGCUGCUAAGCUGACCCAGUGGUCACUCUCUCCCUCACCCUGGGAGUCCACUUACAACACCCAUCUCGCCUCCGUGCACCCUUUCGUUACCCCUACUGGGAGAUUUUUCACUCUCUUUAACGUCUUCACUUGGACAAUUAUUAUCAACAUUGGAGGUUCUCACUCUGUUGAGUUUCAUCUACCCUCAACUGUUUUGGGUCAACUUUUUGGUACGACACCAGGAAUCGACUAAGUUGGAAUCAUAAUUAAUUUGUUUCACUUGUAAAGAUACUUGUCUGGUGGCAGCCACAAGUUAUUGUUGUUGCUGACGACUGUUUGUGGCGGUGACGACGUUGCAUCGUCUCAGAGAUAUCUGACUGGAAAAUGACCAGCUAUCCUCAAUUUGGAUUUCCAUACCCUGCUUCUUCUCAGUUACUCAUGUCAGCCGCGGCUCCCGCUACCACAUGCUGCGAGUCGGGCCGCCCGGUGGCCAGCGAUCCUCACCCGGGCCAGGCCGUAUGUUGCCCGCCGCUAGACAGCCGGGCAGCGCUACUACAUUCAGCUCGGGUCUCGGGCCUACCCACCGCACUCUACUCGUCGCCCUACGCGGCCGCAGCCGCGGAGCAGGGUUACGUACACUUCGCUGCCGACCCGUCGGCUUUCUACUCACCUCUGAGCUCUGCGUAUGCUGACUUGAAGGGUACUCCAGAGGGUUACGCCGCUGCCCUAGCGGCCCAGCAAGCAGCCUGCUAUCCGUAUGACCCAGCUACCUACCAGUACUAUGGUGACCGCUAUGGAAUGGACCUGAACGGAGCGAGAAGAAAGAACGCGACCAGGGAGACCACAUCGACACUGAAAGCAUGGCUUUAUGAGCAUCGUAAGAACCCGUACCCGACCAAGGGCGAAAAGAUCAUGCUUGCCAUAAUUACUAAGAUGACCCUUACACAGGUUUCGACAUGGUUCGCUAACGCUCGACGUCGUCUCAAGAAGGAAAACAAGAUGACGUGGUCGCCCCGGAAUCGAUGCGGUGAUGGUACCUCCGAAGACAAAGACGACUGCGACUCCGUGGGCGAUGAUGACGACGACGCGCGCGACAUCGAUGUCGACGUUGACGGUGACGAUUUGGAUUCGAAACUCGAUGGUGAAUCGCGGCUGCUGGGGAAGGAUAUGGAUGACGACCACCACCGUGAUCACCGAGACGAUGAGGAUAUUAGAAUGAGGCUGCACGAGUCUGCCAGACUUGGACUUGUGAUGAGAGACAGUGACGUCAUGGCUGAUCGCAUGGACUCAGGUCCUAAGGAUUCUGAACACGGCGCACUUAGGGAUGAUUACCGAAGAAGAAGUGGAGAAUUGUUAGCUGAACACCACCGACUGAGCGGAUUGAAUGGCCUAGACCCACUCCGCCUCAACACAUCGCGAGAUACAAACCCCAGAGAUAAUAGUCCUGAUAGUUUACAACUAAGUCGACCGUCCAGCCCUGUACGGGUAUGUGGAUCAGCCUCACCGAGUCACGACCGCGCCACACCCAUUCAUGACGACGUGAAUGACCAGGACAAAUCUUCGAACUCUGUUCCUCAAAACAAGCCUAAGAUCUGGUCUUUGGCUAACACAGCGACGUCCUCAACGCCUGCAGAGCGCUCCAGAACUCUGUUUCCUAGCGGACUCAAUGGUCGCCAUCCUGCUAUUGCAUUCGCAAGCCCCUAUGACUCACCCAUGUCGAGUCUCAGGCAUUGGGUUAACGGACAGUUCCAUGGGAUUCCUCUUCCACCAGGUUUCCCCCUCCACCACUCACAGCUCGCCUUGGCCGCUGGUAUGGCACACCAUCAAUUCUCUCAUCCACAAGGAACCCAAGGGGCACCUACCAGUGUCGUCAGCAGCGCUCAAGCACCCCUCUUAGCAACCACACCCCACCACGCCCGCUACACAAUGAGCAAAGAGCUUGCUUCGCAUCAGAGUGGUAUCACCGCCAGCAUCCUCGCUUCAAUUCAACACCAGAGAGAAAGCGAGUCUAGACAACAUUCUCCUUCGCAUUCAAGUGAAGAAAUGCCUAUGAGAACAGCAUUCAAGCCAGUACAAAAAAGACCUAUUCUUGUGAGUGAGAGACCAUCUGAGGCGGCUGGUUCGCCCGAGUCCCACCGUGAACCCCAUCGUGAACCCAUUAGGAGACCUAUCGGUCUAUCAAUCGAGAGACUCACUUGUUGAUAACUGGACAAUAAGACUGGUCAGC